ACCGCUGUUAGAGCUCGAUCUGAGAACACUUUUCUGAACAUGGUGAUUGUAGAAGAGAACCGUUGACGUUGAAAAUGACAAACCAUCGACCGUAUUGUGUUCAGCCUGUGCUUUGUGCGUCCCACUGCUGUGUUUUAAACGCCGUCCUAGUCCGGAUUAUGGAACUCGGAAUGCGGACUGGUUCUGCUUCGCUUUGAAUCUUGACUUGUGAACCAGGAAAGAUAAGAAGGCUUCAGAGCGAAGGAGAGAACGAAAUGGCUUCCAUUUUUGGGCUUUAAAAGGAGAGCCAGCCAAGUAGGGGGCAGCAACCAUGAGCAUCUGUCGCCCGUCCGCCUUUUCCACUCGGACAAAGUCCCUGCGCGAGAAGUUCGCGUCGAAGCGGAGCUACUCGGAGUCGUUCAAGGACCCGCCGCCCGCUGCGGCCGCGGAUCUUUCUCCGAGGCCGACGCUGCCCGCUGUUCUGCCUCCUCCCAUGACGUCGGGACUGCCCUGCAGCGGGGAACCCCCUUCGGCGCCCUCGCACCAUUCCGCCACCACGUCAGAACUGACGGGCUUCCUGCCUUCCUACGGCGUGUUUCCCGAAGAUGCCUACUGCAGUGCCCUGGACAUCAACAGUCAAGAGGGAGAUCCCAGAUUCCCAUGGCAGCGAGACGCGGCUAUACAAUGCGACCUCAAGACGCUGCCGUCUUCCCGGCUAUCGUCAUCGUCGUCUUCCUUGCCAACAUCCGACAACAGCCGCGGAGCUCUGCUCUUCCCGGGAAGUGGGAAAGCCGCGCAGUCGCCCGCCGCGGCGAGUCGGAGUGAGCUGCAGCAGCUGCUGGCCAGGAGUGCACCUCUGGAAGCUAGCGGAGCGCCACCUACGCCUCCGCCCCGGAAGUCAGCUCCUGCACUGCAGCGCGCCCUGUCGCUGGAGCGGAGCGCAGGCCGGAAGAAGGCCUCCGCUUUAGGAGGUCUUCCCACUUCCCAGGCCUGCGGAUUGGAUGAAGGCGGCCGUCUUUAUGUGCCUCACCACGUGCAGACCCUGACACCCAGCCCAGAAGGAACCUCGUCACCCCAGCGCGUCCGAGCUGCCCCUAGCAGUGCACCUUCCUCAAGGAGCAGCGCCUCUCCCGGCGACACCACCCCACCGCUGUCUCGCAGGCCCAGCGCUGCGGAGCGCCGGAAAAUGUGCUUUGUUAGGAAGCAGACCAAUUCUGCUCCCAACUCCAUGGAGGAAGACUCCCAGAGCCCUUCCCCUUCGUCCUCCUUCUGCAGUGCCACCGCCACGACCUCCGUGAGCGUCAGUGCAUGCACCUCCAGAUCUGGAUCUGGAGUCGAACGACCAGAACGACCUGGAUAUUUUAACUUCGAAUCCAUGCAACGCUUGCUCGACCUGUCAAUGAACGCUUCCAGUUCGGGGGGUGAUCGGAAAGGAUUUUUCCUCGAGAUACCCACGCAAGAAGGACUGGGUACCUGCCGCGAUGGGAAAGCAGCGUACCUGAGCUUACCGUCUCCUAACUUACAAACCGAGGAACAGGAAAAUAAUCUGGUCUUCAAGAAGUUAUCAAACAAAGCCGAAGACGAAGACGAACAGGACGAAUUCGUCGAACCUCCGGCGUCUGCCCUUCAAAGGAGACGAGCCCUGGUGCCUCCGAAGAUGCUGACAGACGGCUACGAGAGUUCGAACGAAGACGCUACUAGUCAAGGAAGUGUUUCACAUGACCAAGGUGUACAGAAGACCCGGAGACGCAGCUCCAUCGUGGUUAUUCCACCGAUGCAAAUCUGCCCGGGCGAUCUACUUGUCUACAGUAAAGUUCUCACGCAUAGAAACACACUUCUAGAUAUUGACGGCUCAACCCAGUGCCUUGCAGUGACAGAAGACUCAAACAGGAAAGGCAAGAACACCUGGUCUUUACUCAGGCUGUUUGACAGGGCCAACAGAGCACAGUCUGAGUGCCUGGGAGGCCUGGAGGAAGUGCUCAGUACCCUGAGGCCAUCGGAAUUCUGCGACGAACAGCUCUCCAAGUAUAAGGGAAUGCAGUGGGCAGACUUCGUUUCAAUGCUAACGGACAAACGGUCGAACGAAGACGAUGACUCCGCAUCGUCUUCUGGCGACAGUAGACUGGUGUCUCCAGAGAAUGGCGGUAACAGUCCCGUAGAGGAGCAGCAGCAGCAAGAGACCUCACAAGGAAGUCCCACGGAGGAUGCCCUCCGGAAUCAGUUCCUCAAAACCAUAAACCAGACCAUCCUCAAGAAUGAAACGAAAAAGAAAGAAGCCAUGUGGGACUUGUUUCAGAGCGAGUGCAUGUUCCUCUACGAUCAUCUCAUGGUCCUCAAGAACGUUUUUAUGGAGCCUCUCAAGAAGAUUCAAGUGGAAGGAUACGCCAUGUUCGCGGAACCCGAAGUUCUAUUUGGAAACCUGGAUGAACUUUGCUGCGUGACGUACGCCUUCUGCAAGGAAUUCAUCAGCUUUGUCCUCCAGUGCAUCAACGCGGGGGAAUUAAACACAACCGACGUUCUCAUUAGGCUUUUCAGAAAGAGCACAAAGGCUACAGCAUUACGGCAGGCGUAUCACAGGUACACCCUCAACUACAUCAAUGCACUCAACUACUUGGAAACGCUAAGGAGACAAGUAGAAUUCAACGAAUUCGAGAAGUGGUGCUCACGGGAUCCACGGUGCAAGAAACUCCAACUGACGGACUUGCUGGUGUCUCCAGUCCAACAUAUCAUGAGAGUGCCACUCAUCUUAAAAGAGAUCGAAAUGCGAACGGAAGACCCAGAAGAGAGAGAUUCCAUCGUAGCCAUUUUAGAAGCGGAGGAAAAUUCAUUACGUGAACUCGAUGACAAGAUGAAGUGGUUGAAGAACUUCGAACGGCUUCUCGAAAUCCAGAGGAACAUUAUUUGGCCGUCCGUCACGGAACUGGAUCCUAAAGCUUUCAUUCCAGAGUUCUUAAAAACGCCCCUAGCCAAGCAACCGUGCGAACGACUAAUCGUCAGUCCACGGCGGCAGAUCGUGCUCGAAGGCGCGCUUUCCCUGCUUGAUAGCGGGAAGGCAUCCGAAGUGUACGUUGUUCUGUUCGAUGACAUGAUUCUCAUUACGAGACGAAAGAAGGGUCUUCAUAAAAAGAAAUCUUCCAUCACGGAAAACUGGGCGAACACUUGCAGCAAGAGCAAUUCAAUCCAUGAAGGGGGCUAUAAAUACGUUGUCUAUAAACAGCCACUGUCUUUAGACAGGAUAUGUAUCCAUGACGUCACCGCACAAAAUGGUUCAGCCAACAACUUGAAGAAUGCCUUUGUCUUUGUUUGCCUCAACCGCUUCCAGCAGAUUAUCACUGUCCAUACGUUUCAAGCGCCAAACGAAAGUGUGAAGCUGACGUGGCUCACGAAGCUAAAAGACACGGUGGACCGUUGGAAACGAACUCUUCAGAACACCGUCUUCAGGAACCAGCGAAUUCCUCCCAACUCGUCCGUUAAAUAGCAGUCAGCCCGCCACCAGGCGGCGGGUUCACGUACUACGACCCACUAGAGGGACGACCUUACUUCUGCACCGGGUGGAUACCUUCGAAUACUCUGGGAACGUUUAUGUGACGCACACCAGAAAAUGUAGAAUGGACAGAGGUGACAUUGAGCACGGAAACGAGGCAUAAUUACAGCGAAGGAGAGCACCAAGAGGCCUUUGUGCAGAUGGCGGAAGUAGCGAUACCUUAAAAAGUUCACUAGCCUAGCUAAGCCAGUGAAAGCCAUUCUUCAGUUUCCUGCGCGAUGAGUCUGGUUAUGCCGUGUCAACGCCUCCUGGGCCGUAUCGUCAGUCAGAGCCCGCCAAUCACAGUAACGCCUUCAGCGGCCGUAGUCAUGGAAACGAGCCGCCACGAGCCGCAUGGGAAGCCACGUGCUUUCUGCGUUUGAAAUCGUCUGCGGCGGAUAAUAGGAAGCAGACGAUGCUGCGAUGUCGGCCAUGUCGAUGUCUCAUUUGCCUCGUUCGCCACGUGACACGCUACGGCUGCUAAAGGUGUGGUUGUGGUCGGAAGGACUACGCUAUGUCAGGUCGAGUAGUGAGCAGGCCCUCUGUGGCAUACAUGCCGUUGUCUCGGGACGCUACUACUUCAUAAUGUUAUCUUAGUAGGUCUAGUUCCCACGAUACAAAACGUUAUACGCACUUCAAAAAAGUAAGCUCGAGGGAAACGGUUGUUAAACAACAAUUGAAAGAAUUGUAAACAAAAUCACUUUGUAAAGUAGGUUUGGUGACACUUCAAGACAAAAAAUAAAAUUAAA